CCUCAAAUUAAUUUGUAGUUUUUCCGUCCAAAAACACAUGUACCCAUACGUUCUUAUGUUAUGUUGUACGCAGCUUUUCCAGUGGCAAACUACCCUUACGGCGUUCGUUCUUCCUCUGUAUUAGGGUGACUAUCAUCCGCGUCAAUUCUCUUCCUCUUGUCCAGCACCUCGUCUCCCCGACGAAGUAAGUGUAAUUGCCGCCUGUCCCUCAGCAAUCGAUUAGAAUCGUUGUGCGAUUGGAAUUGCCAGCAUAAUCAACCUUGGAUUUACGGAAUUCCUGGCGAUGCAUCAGGAAGUCAGCAAACAAAAUUGUAAUAACAAACUAAUUAUAGCAAGUAUGCAGAUUUGCAGGUAUGAAUGAAACGUUUUUCCUGAUUCCUCUUCUUCUAUCUAUGGUCCCUUCCCUUAAUAACCCCCGCCCAAUUAUUUCAGCAAAGACGUUCAUUUUUCAGAGAAUUCUAAAGGAGCUAUUUAUAUUCAAUUUUGGGAGAUGGGACGAGGCACCCUCUCUAAGAUUCCUCUUAUGUACGGCCAAACCUGCAACAGCUUGGAGAAUCAUUCUUCAGAUUAUGGGUUACAAGAUUUACACUUACGAAAUUCAUUCAAGUUAUGCGGCAAGGAUUGAGAAUUACUGAAGCUAUGACACAAUUAGCAAAGAUAUUAUUCAGAGAUGGACCUAUCCAUUGGUGCCUGAUGUCCCUUUCUUUGGAAAUUCUGCUUCUAAACUUGAAAGGCGUGGAAUGUAUCCCGCAUCAGGUUUGAAUAUCGG